AUGGAUGCGAGUGCGAACGAACCAGCUAUGAAAAGCUUGAAAUCCUCUCCUAGAGCACCGAUACCUAAUUUUUUUGUAUCGCUCUCGUCGGCAUUUACGCAAACACCUCUUGUGCGUACGAGCAAACCCAGUUUGCUGCUUCUACCAACAGCUCCAGACUCCGUCAAGUUGAUUCAAGACUUCCAUCGUUCUCUGGUCUCUGCUACUGAGAAAUUCACAGGGUUCUUUCAUUCAUUGGCCUCUAAGAACCCUCUGUUUCAGGAAGCGGCUCGCUUGUCAUCCGAAUUUCGCGUGCUUUGCGAUGAGAUUCGUUUGAGAAACACAACAAGGGUGAGGUUUACGAUGUCUAAUCACGGAUUUGCAGCGGUUCUGCCUGGAGAUUCAGUUGCAGGAAUGGUGGUUGCUAACGGGUUGAUAAACUUUCUCAACAUAUAUAACACCAUCCUUGUUGUUCGUCUAGUACUCACCUGGUUCCCCAGUGCUCCUCCUGCCAUUGUUAGCCCCCUCAGCACUUUGUGUGAUCCAUACUUGAACGUAUUCCGGGGAUUCAUACCGCCUCUUGGAGGGUUAGAUUUGUCUCCCAUUCUGGCGUUCCUUGUUCUCAACGCCUUCACCAGCACUGCUAUGGCGCUUCCUUGCGAGCUCCCGCCAGCUGAAGGAGCGGCUUCUCCAUCAUCUUGUGAGACAAUGUGGAUGAGAAGGAGAAGGUUGAGCAGCCACAAGGACCAUAGACCGAGCUCCGCUUCUACGAACUGA